UCAGAUCAAGAAGGACCCCUCCCUGCUCGCUCGGUUAGAGAGCUAGGAAGCGGUGUGAGGGAGUGCUCAUAUCUUUCAUUGAUUUAUUUAUUAAGGUUUGAGUAAGAAUUUAAAGAUUUAAUCUAACAUGCCAUUGUUUGAGGGAUUGGGAACAGGCGGGGAGAAAACCGCUGUCGUCAUUGAUCUGGGGUCAGCAUACACAAAAUGUGGCUUUGCAGGUGAGACAGGGCCCAGAUGUAUAAUUCCAAGUGAGAUCCAGAAGCCAGGUCUCCAGCAGCCUAUUAAAGUUGUCCAGUACCACAUAAAUACCGAUGAGCUCUAUUCCAACCUCAAGGAGUUCAUUCAUAUGCUGUACUUCAGACAUCUGCUGGUGAACCCGCGGGACCGGCGAGUUGUUGUUAUUGAGUCAGUGCUCUGCCCCUCCCACUUCAGGGACACCCUCACCAAAGUUUUAUUCAAGCACUUUGAGGUCCCAUCAGUGCUCUUUGCCCCCAGUCACCUGAUGUCAGUCCUGACACUGGGCAUCAACUCUGCCCUGGUGAUGGACUGUGGCUACGCAGAGACCCUGGUGCUGCCUAUAUAUGAAGGUAUCCCCAUUCUAUCUGCCUGGGAGGCAUUGCCGAUGGGAGGGAAGGCCAUUCACAAGGAGCUCGAGACCCUGCUUGUCGAGCAGUGCACUGUGGACACGGCCUCAAGCACAGGACAAAGCCUGCCAGCGGUCAUUGGCUCCAUUCCAGAAGAGGUUGUGGAAGACAUCAAAGUCAGGACCUGUUUCGUGAGCGAUCUACAGAGGGGCCUGAAGAUCCAGGAGGCCAAAUUCAACCUGGAGGGCACAGCAGAGCGGCCAGCCCCACCUCCUGAAGUGGAUUAUCCUUUAGAUGGCGAGAAGAUUAUACAUAUCAAAGGAUCGAUCAGGGACUCUGUCAUCGAGAUGCUGUUCGAACAGGACAAUGAGGAGAAAUCCGUAGCCACCCUAAUGCUCGACGCUCUGGUCAAGUGCCCCAUGGACACCCGCAAGGCCCUGGCGGAGAACUUGGUGGUCAUCGGGGGCACAGCCAUGCUGCCCGGCUUCCUGCACCGGCUCCUGGCCGAGAUCCGCCACCUGGCAGACAGGCCGCGGUACCAGCAGGUGCUGUCCAGCAGGACCUUCCGUCUGCACAGCCCCCCGGCCAAGCCCAACUGCACAGCCUGGCUCGGAGGUGCGAUAUUCGGGGCUCUGCAGGAUAUCCUGGGCAGCCGCUCCAUCUCCCGGGACCAGUACAACCAGACGGGCCGCACGCCGGACUGGUGCUGCCUCAGCAGCCCUCCCCCGGACUCCCUGUACGACACCGGAAAGACGGCGCCCCCGCUCAUGAAGAGAGCCUUCUCCACGGAGAAGUGAGCCUGAUCCCCCCUCCCCCCCCAGCUGUGAGCUUCCUGACACUGAGCGCCAUUGCUAGAUUACCCCCCCUUACAUUCCACCAGCCUGGCUGGACUGUAAACCCAUGCCUGAUAGGUAAUAUUGCUGACUGAGCAGUCACUAUAGCGCUGUGCUGAAAAACCAUCAGCUCCUCCUAGUUUAGUAAACAUUACAAAUUAUAUUUUACAGAUUUGCCGUACUUCAUAUUUGCUUGACGUUUGGGGGGUGACCUAAGUCAGUCAAGCAUUGUAAAUGUAUCUGCACAGUGGACAAACUUUUUGUUGCGUCAUAAUCUUAAAAACAUUUUGACGUUUUUCUUUCUCAGUUUUCAACACUACUAUGUGUAUAACUAACUAAUUUGAAAUGUGUGACUUAUUUAAGUGUCUGAUAGUGAUAAUGAUGGACAGCCCAGUAUUUCGCAAUUGAAAUAAUCAUAAACAAAAAAAAAAAACCCGACAAAUAUAA